AUCGCAUGCACGUCCGCCACGGCCGCAAGCAAAGCUGUAAUCCGAACCGCGUGUCGAGAUCCCUCCUUCAUCACCGAAACCCCACGACCGCCGCCAUCGCACGCCACCCACCAACAGCUCGCCCGCCGUUUCGAGCCGUCACGAGAACCUCCAUCGUCGGAUCCCUUAUCAAUCGCAUCUUUCCCUCCCCCCAAACACAUUCGCCAUGGAUCACACGCGCGACCCCUGCCCCUGGGUCAUCCUCAACGACUUUGGCGGUGCCUUCGCCAUGGGCGCGAUAGGAGGAACGAUCUGGCAUGGAAUCAAGGGCUACAGGAACAGCCCCUACGGCGAGCGCCGCAUCGGCGCCAUCUCGGCCAUCAAGAUGCGCGCCCCCGUCCUCGGCGGCAACUUCGGCGUCUGGGGUGGCCUCUUCUCGACGUUUGACUGCGCCGUCAAGGGCGUCCGCCAGAAGGAGGAUCCCUGGAACAGCAUUACAGCCGGUUUCUUCACCGGAGGAGCUCUGGCUAUCCGUGGUGGAUACAAGGCCGCCCGCAACGGUGCCAUCGGCUGCGCAGUCCUGCUCGCCGUCAUUGAAGGAGUCGGUAUCGGUUUCCAAAAGAUGUUUGCGGGAAGCACGAAGCUCGAGAUGCCUCAGCCGCCGCCGUCGGACGAGAGAGCGCUGGCUUAAAACCGACCCGAUCGCCCUCCUCUUGCUAUUCUAUUUACCGAAAAGCGGCAUCCAGCGGCCGCCGACGAAACAAACACAACCAACAACCACAGCACAUCAAACAAAAAACCCCCCUCUACUCUUCCAGCUCGAUGCCUCCCCUUCCUGCGAGGCCCCGAUCUACUCUUGUUUUUUUUUUUCACCACCACCAUCACCGAAAACGAACGGCGCCGUUCUUUUUUAAUCUGCAUAUAGGAAAAAGGACGGGAAGCGGCGUUCCAUGUACUAUAAAAAAGCUUUCCAGUCAUCGGAGGGGAGAGGAGAGACUAGGAUCACUGAGGCAGGACUUUUCCCCCACCGAUUCCCUCCGCGAAGAGGAGAGGGGGUGUGGACUUUAGACAUUGGGGGACGAAGAAAGGGGAACUUCACAUGACUGGGCAGAUUCAAGGUGGCAAGGAAUCGCAGCUUGAUAUGACCAGGAUUUGGAUCCGAGAAGCAGGACGGCAGAAUCCCCCCUUUUUAUUGAUGAUGGGCGUACUGAAUCUGUGUGGAUAGAGAUAUUGUUCGAAUAUUGUACCAUCAAACAUGCCUUCUAUCCUCCCUGAGUCGGCCCCAUACACGUUUGAAUAAUUUGCUGCUCCCCCAAUCGCCAAAUAUCUAGGACCU